CUGCAGCGUUCUUCUGCCUCGCUCCUCUCGCUCCUCUUCAGUGUUUACUGUCGCUUCGUGGAGGAUUCAGGAGCUUCAGGAGCAGAAGGUUUUUCUCUCAGCGAGCAGAUCCAAGAUGGAGAAGCGAGACGGGGCCGUUCAUCGGACCAGCUCGGAGCAGAGGAAGCUGCGAUCGCGCGACGCCGCCCGGUCCCGCCGGAGCCAGGAGACGGAGGUGUUCUACGAGCUGGCCCGGACGCUGCCGCUGCCCCGCCGGGUCUGCACGCACCUGGACAAGGCCGCCAUCCUGAGGGUGACGCUGAGCUUCCUGAGGAUGCAGCAGCUGCUCAGAGCCGACGACGACGACGACAAGGAGAAAGACGAGACGAAGAUGGAGGAUGAGGAGGAGGAGGAGGAGCCGAAGGAGGAUCUGAUGGACUCGUUCUAUCCUCAGGCGCUGGCCGGCUUCGUCAUGGUGACGACGGAGGAGGGAGACAUGAUUUAUCUGACGGAGAACGUCAACAAACACAUCGGCAUCACGCAGCUGGAGCUUCUGGGUCAGAGCAUCUACGAGUUUGUUCAUCCGUGUGAUCAGGAGGAGCUCCGAGACCUGCUGACUCCUCGCCCAGGUCUGAGCAAGAAAUCGCAGCCGAGCGAGAGGAACUUCUUCCUGCGGAUGAAGAGCACUCUGACCAGCAAGGGGCGCUCCGUCAACAUCAAGUCGGCCUCCUGGAAGGUGCUCCACUGCACCGGCACCAUGCGUCCGUUCGGCGUCUCCUCGUCGCCUCCUGCGGCCCGAGUCAUGACUCUGCUGUGCGAGCCCGUCCCUCACCCGUCCAGCGUGGAGUUCCCCCUCGACACCUCCACCUUCCUCACCCGCCACAGCAUGGACCUGUGCUUCACCCACUGCGAGGGCAGGGUGACAGAGUUGGUCGGAUACAAACCGGACGACCUGAUUGGACGCUCGGUGUUCGAGUUUCAUCACGCGCUCGACUCCGAUCACGUCAACAAGAGCAUGCACACGCUGCUGUCCAAAGGCCAGGUGAGCACCAGCCAGUACCGCUUCCUGGCCCACAGCGGCGGCUUCGUCUGGGCCGAGACUCAGGCCACCGUCCUCUACAACGGCAAGACGUCGCAGCCCGAAGCCGUCGUCUGCCUCAACUUCAUCCUCAGCGUCGUGGAGCAGCCGGACGUCAUUUUCUCUGUGGAACAAACACGCUGCGCCAAAUCUGAAUCCCAGCCGGCGGCGCCAGAGAACGGCAAAGCUCCCGAGUCGCCCGAGUCUGACGUGGAGUUCGUCGUUGAGUCCGAUUCAGAUGGCGGCGGCGCGGCGAAGCUCUUCAUGAAGCUGAAGGAGAAGCCGGAGGAGCUUCUCCAGUUGGCUCCUUCGGCCGGCGACGCCGUCAUACCGCUGAAAGCAGAUUUCGUCGAGCUCUCUUUCACAAGUCCGCCGGGUUCGGACUCGGUUCCAGAUCACCCUCAGGACCUGUGCAGCCCUCAGCUCCGCCAGCUGCUGUCUCCCAUCUUCAACCCUCUGACUCCUCCGACGACUUCGCCCGACUCGCUGCUGGUAACCACAAACCCUAAACCUGCUUUAAAACGUACGAAACGUUGGCGUCUGUCUGAUUUAAGGAUUGUUUCGUCUCCUCAGGGCACCUGUGAGGAGGAGGAGGAAGAGGAGGAGGAGGAAGAAGAGGAGGUGAUGGACACCAGCGAGGUGGAGAAGUUCUUCGCCUUCUUCCCAGACGAUGUUCAGAAGAAGCCGGACGUCUCGGAGGACAUGGAGGGGAUGGACCUGGACAUGCUGGCGCCCUACAUCUCCAUGGACGACGACUUCCAGCUCACCUUCCUCAGCAGUUUGCCCGAAGCAGCUGACAAAGCGUCCGCCUCUUUGUGCGAACCUGCAGCGGCGAUGGGACGGAAACGGACUCACGACCGGGACGAGCUGCUGCUGCCGCCUCAGAUGAUGGUUCAGGACAAGAAGGCGAAACAAGACGCUUCAUCGAUAGAAGAGGAGCUUCUCCUCACCCACAGGCUGCUGGGCUCUCUGGAGGAAGCCGACCCGUCAGACCUGCUCCUGGAUCCGGGACCGGGGGAUCGAAGUCAGCUGCUAACCGACAGAGACCCGGUGUUGGGAGGCAUGCAGGGACUCUGUGACACUGCAGCUCUGAUGAGGGACAUCUUCAUCCCUCACCCCCCUGAGCUCUCCCCUCCUCUCUCCCCCACCACCUGAUGGGCUUCCUGCCGAUCGAUCCGGAGUCGACGUCGACGCCGGAAACCGAGCGCGCGCAAAACACCGAAACGCAACACACCGCUAACACAUACGCACACGAAUCCAGACUCGGGUUUUUUACAAUUUACGUUUUCAUUUAGCUUUCAUCCAAAGUGACGCACAUCUGAGACUAGAUCACAUUCACACACCCAUAUGCAAGGUGCUGCCGGCCACUGGGGGCACUUCGGAUUGCCCGAGGACUCUUCGACCGUGGAGGGAAUCGAACCACCGACCUUAGGACGACCCGCCCAGCCUCUCACUGUGAAGCAAGCUGCCUGUCGACGAAGAGAGAAGAUCAAACCUGGAGGUGCUACAAUCCGCCGUCUUUAACCUCACGCUGCUCGUUAUCGCUUCAUCGCCAAUUUAACUGUAUUUUUUUUAAAUCGAGGUUCAGUCUGUGUCCAAGGAAGCAGCAGGUGGCGCUAAUCUGCUGCAUGAAAACUGUGUGAAACGUUAAAUCAUCUUCAGUGGAGACAAACUUCCCUCCGUGCAGCUCAUCAGUGUUUUUUUGUUUUUUCCUUUUUAAGCGAACAUCAGUGGCAUCGCUCGUUUCAGUGGCAAAUUUCUACGUCUUUUUAUACACAAGACUUUUUUAAAUGAUGCAUUUCAACUUUUGAGACUUUUAUUACCGUGUUAUCCUCCGAUCGGGUGGACGGGCUUCACUUCAUCGUGCGCUCCUCGUUAGCCGACACCAGGACGUCAGCCGCUGAUGCAGUUUAGAAAAUCAGAUGCGUCACCCGGACUGUGAAAUGUUUGGAUUUGUCCUUUAAUCACAACUUUAAAAUGUAGAAUCGAUGAACUCGCCGUACUGAAGCCGUCGUAGCCCGGGCUCGUCUGUAGAUGUGGGUUAGAAAUCUGAUUAAACACUAGUGUUUUAGGUUUGUCUUUGGGUUUAUUUUAUGACUUGUAACCAGUUAUAGCUUGACGUGUAGCCUUGAAGUGUUUUAUUGAUGUGGAGGUUUGUUAUUCAGUUAUUUCCUUCAUAAUUCUGUCUGAAACUCACUCUGUGUGCCUUUUAUCAUCCAGCGAGAACUCUGUGAUUGGAAGGCUUUUCUUUGCAUCGUUGGCCUGUUACCUGUUGAUUUAAAACGCUGGAGAGGAUUAAAUACUGUUUUUACUGUUUAUCCCUGUGUGUGUAUUCUUGAGCUAAAUAAAGUCGUCGAAGAAAAGCGAA